AUGGCGGAGAUCAUCGUUGACCAGGCGACUCUCGACUCCGUGAAGGGCAAGGUGGUGGUUCUUGCGGGCGGCGCUCAAGGUAUUGGGGCCGCAACAGUUGGGCUAUUCUAUGAAUCUGGAGCUCACGUCUUUUUCGGUGACUGGGAUGAAACCAAGGGCACAAAACAUGCAGAGGAACUUCGCGCUUCGGUAUCGUCGUCGGGGAGCGUGACGUAUCUCAAAGUCAACGUACGCGAAUAUCAAUCCCUUCUCUCGCUGUUUGAUGCGGCGUACAAUAAGCACGGCCAAAUCGACAUGGCCAUCUGCUGCGCCGCGGUGACAGAACGGCCUGGAUACUGGGAACCAGACAAGCUGAACCUGGAAAGCACCCCGACCGGCAUCACGGACGUGAUCGACAUCAACCUGAAUGGCACGAUAUACUUUGCUCGCCUCGCGGUCGCGUUUCUCAAGGAGAGGCACACAGUGGAUCCGAACCCAAGCAGCCCAGAAUCCAUUCUGUCGUCAAAGUGCAUCACGCUCGUCUCCUCCGUUGCCGGCUUCAAGGAAUCCCCCGGUCUCUUCGCUUAUUCGGCAGCCAAGCACGGCGUGAUGGGGUUGAUGCGAGCCUUGCGCCCAUUCCUUCCGCCUGUUUACGGGUUGAGGGUCAAUGCCAUUUGCCCCUGGGCAACCGACACUCAGCUCCUCUCUGGCGUACGGACCGCCUGGGUGAAGAACCUGAUGCCGAUGAACACACCUGGUGAUGUCGCGCGAUAUAUAAUCCAAGUCACCGCGGAGCCAUCGACGCACGGAAAAGCACUGUUCGUGACUGGCGGUAACGCUGUGGAUAUCGAGGAGGGAAUCAAUCGCACUGAGCCCCAGUGGUUGGGGGAGAAGAAUAGCAAAGAUCUCAACGCCGGUCAAGUGAUUUUGGGGUUGGUGAGUGGUUUUCCAUUUUAA